AUGAAUUACGUUACUCGCGUACCUGAAGCUGGUAAUUAUACAUUUCUUUCCGAAUUCAAAUGCGGUAUAUAUAACAGAUGCUGGAAAGCAAUUAACAAAGUUACAAACAAUAUCGUAAUUGUUAGAACAAUCCCAAAAAUUGAUCUUGUCAAGCAUGAAAACAAGUCUAAAAUGGCCAAUGAAAUUACUUUGCUAAAGAACUCAUGUCACCCUUUAAUAAGCAAGUUUAUUGAGCUAAUUGACCUUCCAAAAGAAUUUCACAUUAUCAUGACCGAACCUAAGGGAAUCAGUUUAAGGGAAUAUAUAGAUAAGAAUGGUAUAUUAGAAGAAAAACUUGGACAAGAAUUAGUUAAGAAACUCUUUACAAUAGCUCAAUAUCUUAAAUCAACGUUGGGAUUGGAGUAUUGUGCAUUCAGUCCCGAUUCAAUUUUUGUUGAUGAAAAAGGCCACCUUGUCAAUUAUUUUAUUUAA